ACCGCUACGGCAGGGUAAAUUUUUGUCACCUGAUAACACACAUUUUCUGUAUAGGAUGAGAAGGGAAAUAUGUAAUUUAAAAUUUGUUCUUCUGUCUACUUACUCUACUUAAUUAUUUAAGCGUUUACCGUUGUAUGUAUUUUAAUCGUAUUAGUAGGUAUCCAGUUAACUUGUAGAAAUGUCGCAGAGAUUUUUUACCAUAUCGAAAAAGGUCGAGAGACUGUUGAUGAAUGGUAUCCGUACAGGCCGAUUAGACAAUUUCGCAUUAAACCGUCAAUUGAGUCUCUUGAGCAGGCGUCAAGUGUUACCGAGUUUAAACACUGUACUCAAACAGUGGACAAAUCUGUGUGAAAAACCACCAACAGGUUUUGAAAAGUAUUUUGAUAAAGACAAAAAAACUAAAAAUGAUCAAAAGUCUGACAACCCUGCUAGCAAACCGACAUCAUUCGAUAAUGCAUUUAAAAAGAAGAUUAAUCGAAUGUCACAAGGGUCUAGUUCUUCAGGUGAUUCUGAUAAAGAAAAAUGGAUACUUUAUGGUGUAGCAGGUGUAAUUGGAAUAAUCAGUCUCCUUGCAUUCUACAAUAUGAGCUAUAAAGAAAUCACAUGGAAAGAUUUUGUUAAUAAUUAUUUAAAUCGACAUGUGGUUGAAAAAUUAGAAGUUGUUAAUAAGAAAUGGGUUAGAAUCAAUCUACAACCAGGAUCUUCUAUCGACGGAAGUGCAACUCUAUGGUUUAACAUUGGUAGUGUGGACUCCUUUGAAAGAAGUUUAGAAAAUGCACAAGUAGAACUAAAUCUAGAGCCAGCCAAUUUUAUACCAGUUGUCUAUAAAACUGAAUUGGAAGCAGGCAGUUUCUCAGGGUUCCUUCCGACCUUAUUAUUCAUUGGAUUUUUAUUGUUUAUGAUGAGAAGGUCAGCUGAAAUGAUGACAGGUCGUGGUAGGCGAGGAGGUGGACUAUUUGGAGGCGUAAUGGAAUCUACAGCCAAACUUGUAGAUCCUAAAGACAUUGAUGUCCGUUUCAAGGAUGUUGCUGGUUGCGAAGAAGCCAAAAUAGAAAUCAUGGAGUUUGUUAACUUUUUGAAAAAUCCCCAACAAUAUUUGGAUCUUGGAGCCAAAAUCCCUAAAGGAGCUAUGCUCACAGGACCUCCGGGUACUGGUAAAACGUUACUUGCCAAAGCAACGGCUGGUGAAGCAGAUGUUCCAUUUUUAUCAGUUUCUGGUUCGGAGUUCUUGGAAAUGUUUGUUGGUGUUGGGCCAUCAAGAGUCAGAGAUAUGUUUACAAUGGCUCGUAAACAUGCUCCAUGUAUAUUAUUUAUUGAUGAAAUCGAUGCUGUUGGCAAAAAAAGAGGAGGUCGUAAUGUGGGUGGUCACUCUGAACAAGAAAACACUUUAAAUCAACUGCUUGUAGAGAUGGACGGGUUUAAUACAACUACUAACGUAGUGGUAUUAGCUGCUACCAACAGAGUCGAUGUUUUGGAUCAAGCGUUGAUGCGCCCUGGUCGUUUUGACCGACAGAUUUAUGUUCCAGCACCUGAUAUUAAAGGUCGUGCGUCCAUUUUUGGUGUGCACUUAAAACCAUUAAAAACAAAUUUAAAUAUUUUGGAGACUGCUAGAAAGUUAGCAGCUCGAACGCCGGGUUUUACAGGAGCGGAUAUCGCCAAUGUAUGUAAUGAAGCGGCAUUAAUAGCAGCCAGAGAAUUGGCUGCUAGUAUUUCAAUGCAGCAUUUCGAACAGGCCAUUGAGAGGGUUGUAGCUGGUAUGGAAAAGAAGAGUAGAGUUUUGCAAGCCGAUGAGAAAAAAAUAGUCGCCUACCAUGAAGCUGGUCAUGCUGUUUGUGGCUGGUUCUUACAGUAUGCAGAUCCAUUAUUAAAAGUUUCAAUUAUACCAAGAGGUAAAGGAUUAGGCUAUGCACAAUAUUUACCCAAAGAACAAUAUUUGUAUUCAAAACGUCAGUUAUUCGAUAGAAUGUGCAUGACUCUUGGCGGUCGAGUAUCAGAACAAGUAUUCUUUAAUGAAAUUACAACUGGUGCACAAGACGAUUUGAAAAAAGUCACUGAAAACGCAUAUGCACAGGUUGCACAUUUUGGAAUGAAUGAGAAAGUGGGUAAUAUCAGCUUUGACUUGCCUCAGCCAGGAGAAAUGACAUUUGAGAAACCUUAUUCGGAAACUACAGCCCAUUUGAUAGAUUCAGAAGUAAAAAUAUUGGUUUCUAAAGCGUAUGAUGAUACUAUGGAACUAGUUAAAAAACACAAGAGCGACAUAAUAAAGGUUGCUGAAAGAUUGUUAAAACAAGAAGUACUUAGUAGGGAAGAUAUGAUUGAACUUUUAGGGGCCAGGCCGUUCCAGGAAAAAUCGACUUAUGAGGAGUUUGUUGAAGGAACUGGUUCAAUGGACGAAGACACAACAUUGCCGAAAGGACUCCAGGAUUGGAAUAAAAACAGUGAAAAAAAAGAUGAUACAAAGAAAAAGUAGAUUAUUAUUUCGGUUGAAUUUAAAUGUUACAAUGUUAGUAUGUAGUCUGAAUAAAUAUGAUUAAGAAUAAGUUAUACAUAUUGUUUUGAAUAACAAUUAUUCCUUUCUCGUAUUUUAUGUAUGUUGCAUUUGCUUGUUCUAACAUUUCGUUUGUACGGAUUUCACGUUCUAUUCGAUAAUGUCUAAUUCACUUGUUUAUUAGUUGGUUUGCACCAUAUUAUAUUCGAUGUAUGUAUUACAGAAAAUAUAUUGGUAUCCUAGA